AGAGGCGGAUGCUUCCUGAGGGGCGGGGCCCAGCCCGGUGGAACAUGGCGAAGACCUACGAUUAUCUCUUCAAGCUGCUGCUGAUCGGGGACUCGGGUGUGGGCAAGACCUGUGCGCUCUUCCGCUUCUCCGAGGAUGCGUUCAAUGCUACCUUCAUCUCCACCAUCGGUAUUGACUUUAAGAUUAGAACCAUAGAGCUAGAUGGCAAGAGAAUUAAACUGCAGAUAUGGGACACAGCUGGGCAGGAACGGUUUAGAACAAUCACAACUGCAUAUUACAGAGGAGCAAUGGGCAUCAUGUUGGUAUAUGACAUAACCAAUGAGAAAUCUUUUGAAAACAUUCGGAAUUGGGUCAGGAAUAUUGAAGAGCACGCAUCCCCAGAUGUCGAAAAGAUGAUUCUUGGAAACAAAUGUGAUGUGAAUGAUAAAAGACAAGUUUCUAGAGAGCAAGGGGAGAAGCUAUCUAUUGGUUUUGGAAUUAAAUUCAUGGAGACCAGUGCAAAAGCGAAUAUUAACAUAGAGAACGCAUUUUUCACUCUUGCGAGAGAUAUCAAAGCAAAAAUGGACAAGAAAUUGGAAGGCAAUAGCCCACAAGGCAGCAACCAGGGAGUCAAAAUCACACCAGACCAGCAAAAGAAAAGCAGCUUUUUCCGAUGUGUUCUUCUGUGAGGGACACUGCCUUAACCUGAGCAUCUGCUCAAUCGAACUGGACUGUGCCUGUUCUGAGUGAGAUUUCCUCUGUGUGUGGAUUUAACACUUUCAAUAUGUUGUGUCACACUGUGGCCAUCAGAAUAAGAUUAAGAAAUUGUUUAUUUUAAUAACUGUCUGACUCUUCAAUUUUGGAGAUGAAAUUUUUUAAAUAUUUUUCUGUCACACCUUCCGCUUGGCAUAUGCAUUGUUUAGGGAAGGGAUACAGAUCAAAAGUGACCUCCAAUAGCACCUUUACUGACAAGCUUCACUCUCUGGGCGGGGGUUUAUAUCUAAUGUGUCUAAAGUAGAAAAAUUAAGUUUAAAUGACUUCACACUGAAAUGCCAACAUUAAUAAACUAAUGGUAUGUGUACAUGAUACAUGCAUAUAAAUGUCUAUAGAUACAUAGAGCACAAUCACUUCAAAACAACAAAAAUGCACUUAUUUUAAACAGUUACUUAUAGCUUUCAAAUGGUGGGUAGAAGCUUUCUGCAUAUCUAUCCUUUUGGCUAUCACAGGACAAAAUCAUUUUUGUCCGUCACUAGUUCAGUUCCACCGUUCUAGACAAUCCACCAGUAAAAAUUAAAUGAAAUACAAUGCCUCAUCAGAAAGAAAGAAAAUAUCUAUUUUUUUAGAGAACCAAAGUGUGCUGUAAAUAUAAUAAAUCCUUGAUAUGAGAAGUUUUGGAGGAAAAAAAUUUAUUUUCCCCAUGUUAGGGAGGACCAUCCAUAAUAUAUUUGUCGAAUAUCUAGGCAUCUUUUAAAUUGAGAUAAUUUUAUUCUAUACUCUUGUGCAAAUGAUCUGUGUUUCUAAUCUGUUAUCUAUAGUUCUAGACCAUGGUUCAAAUAUAUAGACCACCUUAUUCAAAAGUAACGAUAUAACUGAAUAACACUAUCAUGGGCUGCAUAAAUUUUUAAUUUCAUAGUUGAGAAUGACUUCAAACAAACCUUUCAUGAUUUAGUGGUUAUUUCUAACUUGUGAAAACAAAAAUGUAUUGCAUUGCUCCCGUAUGAAAAUGCACACUCCAUAGAUUGACACUUUCUGAAAACUGGCUCUUUUUUUUUUUGGCUGACAUUUCUCUUGCUCCCAUGCCAUGAUUGCUUAAGAUUUAAAGUGGUAGUGAAUUGUUUUAAUUAUGUAUGGCAAUGCAAACGAUGAGGUACAGGAAAAUUGGGGUGACCCUUAAAGAAAAUAUACUUCUGUGUAUGUACACUUUAUACACACAGACACAACACAUUCCAAUAUAUCAAACUUAACAGCCAAGCAAUUUUAAGCUCUUUUUAUGCAGCUUUCAGGUUAAUGGUUGUAAAACUGAUUUUAAUUAACUGGAUUUGAAAAGAAGCCAACAAGUGUAAGCUAUUUAGAAGCUGCUCUUUCUGUCCGGUAACUGGCAUAAUGGUAAAAGAGCACAUUUGAAGAGAAUGAACGUAUCAGCAAUGUCCUGCAACUCACUGGAAUUGUUAACAUGUUUUGUUUACAUUGACAACUGCACUUAAGGGAAAAAUAAAUUAAAGCUCAUUUUAAAAUUGAGUUUUUACUCCCUACCUCUCUUUCCUUGAAGUCUGCGUGAAUAUGUUCCAACCUCUUUUCUUGCAGUAGCUUUCACUAGUGUCACUAGAGUUAAAGGUCAAAUAUUAAAAUAUUUUAUAAUAAUGUAACUAAUUCUCCUACAGGCAAAUAUGAGCUCAGCCUUUUGGCUCAAACUGAAUACCAAACGGAAACUAAAGCUUUACUCUCUUGCACACUUACCAUGUAACUUUUUUAAAUGGCUUUUUUCUAUGCUGUCAGCUACCCUUUGUCCAGUGUUGACAUGUUAAACUGAGCUAAUUUUGUUCAUUAAGCCAUCUGCAUGUAACAUGCAUAUUCGAACAAGAAUCAAGUAAGGAUUGUAUAGUAUGAGGACUUGGCAAGCGUGCUGAAUGAUAGACUUCUCUAGAGUAAAAAUAAUUCAGUUAAUCAUGGCUACAUACGCAAAAUAAAAAGAUCCUUUGUAUUUUUGCAUACAGCUAAUACAGAGGUAUAGGAUGGACAUGCAAUGCUAUGAUGGUAGGCUAAAGAAGCAUUUUAAAAACAUUCUAGGUAGUCAUGAGCAGUUGGGGGUGGCUUAAGGGCGAGAUGGUGGAACACUGUUGACAAACAAGAGUCUCUAACAUACGUUUAAAUAUGUUAAAAUGUUUAGUUUCUGUUUCAAAGCAGCGAAUGAGGAAUGUUCAGCCUCCAUCCUUAUACCCUGUGGUAGCUGGGUGUUGCAGUCCAUGUUAUCCUUUGAUUUGUGACUGUAAAAUGGUAGGCAGUCUGAUACGCUAUGCGGCCUACAAUUACAUGGCAUCCCAUGCUACAGAGUUAUCAGGCUUGAUUUGGGAGGGAGGAGGGGAGUAUUCACUUCCAAACAGAGGUUGAAGGAUGGAGUUGUGAUCUUCACUUUUCAUUUUUCUAGAUCUUAAUGGCUUGUACAUUAGUCCUUUUUAAUGUAAGUUAACAUUUUUGUAUGUGAAUGUCCCAUGUUUAUGCAGGUGGUUGUACCUGUUUAUAUACCUACCUUACAGCAUCAUGAUUUUUCUUUACAAUGAUUCUAUUGUACUUAAUUAUAUUUUUGCUCAAACUCAGGAAGUUUCAUGCAGUUAACUGUGAUUUGUUGUCACCACUGUACAUCUAGGAUAUAUAGACUUGACAUAAAAGUUAAAUCAAUUUUAAGCAACAUGAAGGCUGACAUUCUAACAUAGCAAAUAUAUAUAGUGAAUUAAUGUAUACAGUUGGAUACAUGCUUUCCCUAAGUGCCGCUAAACACUGACAAUGCUACAUACAACUUGUAGCACUUUCACAGAUCUUGGAAUUCAGCAUGUAGCUGGACACUUUCACUAGCACUUUCAUAAUUAAAUUGGUAUUCUAGAAAAAAGAUGGUUUUAUAUCAACAUGGCCAGAAGAAGCAACAAAAGAACAAUAGCAUAUUCAUUCAUCACAUAUGUUCAACAGCUACUAUUUGUACCACGCUUUUGUUUAUAGAUGGAGGGCAAAUCUCCAUUUUUGGUGUAUCAAGUUUUGUAAAACUUCAAAGAACUCAUUAGUUACUCAAACGUAUUUAACGCACUUGCUGCAAAGCUUUAGGUGUUUUUAAAAACAACUAAAAAUCCAGCAGUUACUCUAACAAUUGAUGCUUGGCUUGCACAGAAACAAACCUACUUUUCGAGCACAAACUCAAAGACAUUAUCUCAAUUGUCUUCAUUUAAUGACCAUCACAAGAUCUUGUGGUUGACUUGAUCUUUGACGGUGGUUGGAAUAUUUUCAGAUUGGCCCACCCAAACAAAGGUCUCAGACUUUCAAUACCCUAUCUUUCAGUAAUGAGUGAGGGUGCUUUUUAACAUGUUGUCACCUGGAUGUGCACUAAAUGUGGUCACCUGAGUGCACUCAAUGUUUAGCAACAUCAAAGCCUUAUGCCAGCAUCAGGCUUUCAGCCUCAGAUUUAUGAAUCCUAUGGAUUAUUUUAGUCCCCUUACUGCUGAGAAACAUUUGGUCCCUCCCUUUAAGUGGGAUGUUACUAACAACUUCUGUUUGCUGUUAGGGUGUUCUUUCCUCAUACUUUCUCUGGCUGAUACUAGUGCCCAGAGGCCACCAUGGUUUAAAGGUGUUCUCUAGGACUUGAAACAGUUGGGUGGUACACUGAAGAAGAGACUGGCAAAGAGCUGCUUGGAAUAAGAUCUUCAUUUGUACAGGAUGUUUAUAGGGGGAUAUGGAAGAACUGACCAAGGCACACACAAAUUUGUGAUCAUUCCUAGGCAUUGCAAAGACUCAUCCAAAUGAAUGCUGUUGGGUAGUGUGCAGUCUGAUUACUGCAGGGUGACUUCUCCAUGACUGAUUUUUUCAGAUGAUCAGGGUGGGUUGGUGAAUAAGGUAGAUUGGCAGGCUGGUUUCUCUCCAGCCCUUGCUGCAAGAAUUAUAUACUCCCAAUAGAGUGUCGGUCAGGGGUUUAGUGUGACUUGGUCACUAAGGAAAAUCUAAACUCAUUCAUACCAACUUUUAAAAAACCUGUAAACAUUUUUCUUUCAGUGUUUUUUAGGAUGACCACUGUUGGCUGCUCCUUCUGUGACAAUGCCUUUCUUAAAAUGCACUCAUUGGUUUUCAUGUUUGUAUUUUUAAAAGCUGUUAUGUUUAUUAUGUGGUAUUUGUUUUUACUCUGUUGUACAGGACCCUGAACAUUGCAUAAAUAAAUUUCUUAUGAAAAGAG